CUGUGUGUGUCUGACUGUGUCUGUGUGUGUAGCUCACCAAGAACGCCUACCUACAGCAGAUGCUACAGCUCUAUCAGAACCCCAACUGGGUUGAUGAAAACUCCAGAUUCAACUACGAAGGGGUCACAGCCGUGUGGGAUCGCACCAUGUUCAACUAUCAGUGCUGUGGAGUGAAUGGCCCCCAGGACUGGCAGGCCUACGGCUCGGCCUUCCGAGAGGCCCACCCCGAGGGAGAUUUCCCCUGGCCCUUGCAGUGUUGCAGCCUGGACCCGGCCAGCGGCCUCAUCAGGGACCUCGAUGCCUGUCGGCUGGGCCUGGCUGGGUACUUGAACACCCCGGGUUGCUAUGACUACGUGAGUGGGCCUCUCCACCGCGCCGCUUGGGGUGUCGCCUGGUUCGGGUUCGCCAUCCUCUGCUGGGAGUUCUGGGUCCUGCUGGGCACCAUGUACCUCUAUAACAUCUCCUAGUCACUCCUAGUCACUCCUAGUCACCACUAGUCACUCCUAGUCACUCCUAGUCACUCACUCAGACAGUCAGUCAC